AUGUCUUCUUUGUCAGGCAAAACGAUCGCAAUUACAGGCGCAGCCUCCGGUAUAGGUCUAGCAACAGCACGCCGCCUGGUGUCCCUGGGUGCAAAGGUGUCGCUCUCAGACAAUAACUCUGCCCUCCUCGCGAGCUCAACACUCAAGCUUUCCACUGCUUUUGGCCCAGAAAACAUACACUCCAAGGUUGUGGAUGUCCGAGACAGGGAUGCAGUAAAGGCCUGGAUCACGGAAACCGUUCAAAUGUUUGGCCCGCUCCACGGCGCAGCCAACGUGGCAGGCGUUCUCGGUGCCCAAGGUAACAACGUCCGCAUCCCUGACAUUGGAGAUGAGGACUGGAACUUCGUGAUGGAUAUAAAUGCUGGCGGGGUUCGAAACUCGAUGCGCGCUGAGAUACCGGACAUCGUUGACGGAGGAAGUAUCGUGAACGUGUCUUCUGUUGCGGGGAAGAUUGGGCUGCCGAUGAACGGGGCAUAUGUUGCAAGCAAACACGCGGUUGUUGGAUUGACGAAGACCGCUGCGAAGGAGUUCGGAUGGAGAGGGUUGAGGGUGAAUGCUGUCUGUCCUGGGACCAUCGAGACACCGAUUUUGGCACAGGCUCUGGAGGCGCCUCAGGCCGAGUUUGGGCCCUCGCCGUGCUUGUUGGGGAGGUUCGGGAAGCCAGAGGAGGUCGCGGAUUUGAUUGCUUUCUUGCUGGGCGAUGGAGCGUCGUAUAUCACCGGCCAAGCCAUUUGCGUCGAUGGCGGGAUAGUAGUGUAG